AUGUUUGAUGGUGAAAUUCCAAAUGGAGGAGUCUUCAAAAACAUUAGUGCAUUCUCAAUUGUUGGAAAUAAAAAGCUCUAUGAAGGAAUGAAAGUAUUACAAUUGCCUGCAUGUCCUGCAAAAGACUUGAAGGAAAGGAGACGACCUUUUAAGCGUAGAGGAAUAGUUGUAGUAGUAACUCUCACUAUUUUUCUAUUAAUAGUGUGCACUUCAGCUAUUAUUUAUAGAAUUAGAAGAUAUGGUUUGGUUCAUCAAGGGAUUCUCAAAUUCAACAAAUUAAUUAUUGCUGUGAAAGUACUCAAGCUUCAUGAAUGUGGAGCAAUCAAGAGUUUUAAAACAGAAUGUGAAGCAUUGAAGAACAUUUGCCAUUGUAAUCUAGUCAAGGUAAUCACAUCUUGCUCAAGCAUUGAUUUUAAAGGCAAUGAUUUUAAGGCAUUGGUCUUCGAGUUCAUGAAAAAUGAGAGUUUAGAGAAUUGGUUACAUCCAAUUUGUUUUUCAGAGCAACAAGACCCUAAUCACUUGACAUUUGUUCGAAGGCUAAACAUUGCCAUUGAUGUGGCCUCUGCAUUUGAUUAUCUUCAUCAUCAUUGUGAAGUGGCUAUCGUUCAUUCCGAUUUAACGCCAAGUAAUAUUCUUCUUGAUGAUAAUUUAUGUGCCCAUGUUGGUGAUUUUGGCCUCAGAAGGAUUCUUUUAGCCACCACAGGUAUAUCCAAUCAUCAUCAAUCAAGUUCAAUUGGGAUUAAAGGAACAGUUGGAUAUGUUGCCCCAGGUAAUUGUCUAUAUUUAUUGUUCAUUCCAUUACAUUGAUUAAGAAAUGUUAUUUUUAUUUUGUUUUAUAUUAUUUAUUUGUGGUGAACUAUAAACUAAGACAAAUUUAUGUACAAAUUAAUCCUCGUUCUAGUUAUGCUAUAGAUGAGUACUCCCUUUAUCACCAAGUUGGGUGUUUUUCUACUGCAACAAAU